UAAUUUUAAAUCAUGUUGCAGCUAAGAGACUUCGUAGUAACUCCAUAGACCUUGAACGCCAGGGCUCACACUCCUUAAGUCUCCAAUAAAUAUUUUUAUAACUGUUUGCUUUAAUUGAGCUCCGUUCUCGACGUCUGUGGAAAUGUUCAACAGUCUUACCACUGCCAGGGACUUUGAAGAGGACCCGUUCUUCUCGGAUCCAUUCCAGGCUCAUAAUGACCGCGUGAGACAGAUGAUGCGCAGUUUUUCCGACCCGUUCGGCGGCACCCCCUUCAUGUCCAGCCUGACGGACUGCAGGGAGCAGAGACGAGGGUCCGCUGCCCCCCCAGGCACCUCUCUGACUCUCAGAGACGAGCACCGGGACGCGGACGUGAGGAACCCCUUCAGCAUGCUGGACAACAUGAUGCUCAACAUGAGGACCCGCAUGGACGACAUGCACAAAAACUUUGAUAACCUAUCCACAGACUCCAGCAACCCGAAUAGCCACUCGUUCAGCUCCUCGUCAGUCACCACCUAUUCCAAGGUGGGCAACGAGCCUCCCAAGGUGUUCCAGGCCUCUUCGCAGACUCGCAGAGCCCCCGGAGGGAUCACAGAGACCCGGCAAGCACUGAGGGACUCUGAGAGCGGCCUGGAGAAGAUGGCCAUUGGUCACCACAUCCAGGACCGGGGACACGUGGUGGAGAAGAAGCACAACAAGAAGACCGGCGAGAAGGAGCUGAACCAGGACUUCCAGAACAUGGAUGAAUCCGAGGCGCAGACUUUUGACAAGGAGUUUCAGUCUAAGCUGACUCAAGGCCAGCCUUCUGUCCCCAUAUCGCGCCUGGAGGCCCCCAGGGCCCCCCGGGCUGUGCACCAGGCAGCCCUCACCGCAUCUGAACCCCCCCACAGGGAGAGGAGAGUGCACGUAGCCGAAGGGAAGAAGCAGGUCCACUGCGACAAAGUGAAGGGCUCAGGUGUGGCCCAGCAAUAAGGAAACCUGUCAGGCCUCAUUCUCAUACCACCUAAACAUGGAAACUUACAACCUUGUGCUGCACUCUCACGCACACGUGUACGUUUGUCUUGCCAGCCAGUAGCACAGACAGUAGAGGGCAGUGACGUAACGUUUGAAAUGCUCUAAAUGUAGACGUUGUUGCUUUCAGCUUUAUGCACUCACAUUAUCGAACAAACAACUGCAAAACAUGUAUUUAUUUUAAAGACACUCUUGAGUUUAAACAGAACAAUAAGCUAACUUUUAUCCCAAUAUCAUUUCAUAAAUCCCACAGUAGAUUUAGUGACUUUAUUUCACAUUCUGUAUAUUGCAAUACUUUCAUUCAUAUUUUCCAGAUUCCGUUGUCAAACUAUAGUGAUUGCAUCAACAGCCAUUUAUUUUAAUUGUCACUGACUCACUUAAAGUCCACUAGUGCACUUACACUGUCUAAAUUGUCUAUUGUAAUUAAGUGUAAUGCCUGUCUCAAUAAUGUUAUCUGCUGUAAUCUUUGUAAAAAAAAUGUUAUGAAUGCUACCCUUUUUUAUAUGGUUACUGAAGAGUAUGUCUGAGUUUCUCUCUAGAUGAUAUGCUCAGUGCUGCAAAGCAAUUCUUAAGACGGUCAUAUUUGGAAAUUUUUCAGUUUUACGUGUAACUAUUGUCUACUAGCUAUUUUGAAGCUAUAGAUUCUCUUUACCAUGGCAACUGAAACAGAUCUCGAAUAAAACAUUUUUAAACGUA